AUAAGCAUGGCGGAAAAGUUUGAUUUGUUGCUGAUGAAUGGACCAUCAUUUGCUGGCAGGAGAUUUUACAGUGCUCUCUUGAAAUCACAUAGUGAAAUUAUUCCAAAGAAAAUGUUUUUAUCAGAUAACACUCUUGGACUGAGAGAUGUUAUUAUGGAAGUGAUUUCUAUGUUGAAAGAGAAUGAAAAGGUUGUGGUCAAUGAUGAAAACUGCAAUAAAUCAACCUGGGAGUCCUACAUAAAUAUGGUGAAGAAAAAGACUCCAUCAAAAUCAAUAGCUGUUGUAUCAGUUCAACCCAAACAUGGUUUGAAACAACUGUACUGGUCCCGUCAGUAUUACAUGCUGGAUAAUGAUGGAUGGGAACCAUUACUGGACAGUUAUUUGACCAAAUGGUUUGAUAGUUCCACAGAGGAACUAUCUUAUCAUGUAGUUGAUGACCCAACAUUAGUUGAAGAUCUAAAAGUUAUUGUUGAGGAAUAUCCUGUUAUUCUACGAACAAAUAUUCAGCCAGAUAUCCCAGGACUGUUUUUCCAAUGGGAGGCUGUUUUCUGUGAGGAGUCAUUAAAGGCAGGAAUUGUCAAGACUUGUCAGUUAUGGUUCCAAAAAUCUCAGCAUGGAAGGAUAUUUAUAUUGUUAGAUCUGACCAAACAUCCUAGCUAUAUGGAUUCCAGUUUUCAAGAAGAGGUUAAGAACUGUAUGAAAGGCCUUGUCAAAAAGCUAGAAGAUGUUCCUGUGUAUUUAUACAGUGUUGAUAAAGAAGCAGUAAAAUAUACAGUGCCUCCUAGUCCUGGGUUACUGGCAACAAUUCAAGGGUCACAUGGUAUAGAUUUGUUUAAUAAGAACACUGUCAUGCUGUUUCAAGAUCAACCAUUUUCUAAAAUGGCAGAUUUGGCAGGUGUAAAACAUGUAAAUGCUUCAAAGGUGUUACAGAAGCCAACAUUAAUUUUAAAUAAACUGAUUUUCACAACACCACGUCAGCCAAAUUUCCUUCAAGAUAUGGAGUUCAGAGUUGAAGAGGACCAAUCACCUUGUUUACCUUUAUAUAACCUCAAAGAUAGUUUCCAUGGAAAUUGUUUAUCAGAAGAAGUAAGCCAGGGAAUUAAAGCAUCCCUGUAUGGAUCAAAUAUUGAUUCCAUUAAAAAUUUUCAGAAAAGUUUUGAUGCCUACCUGAUGAAAAAAGAAGACCCUUCUACUCAGUUGAAUCCUGAUGACAGUACACAUGUAUCUAGUGAUGAUGAAGUUGUACUUCAAAACAAAUCUUUCUCAAGAGAGCUACCUAAGUGGAUGUUGGGUACCAGUAAAUCUACUUCAUCUUCAUCCCUGUCAAGUCAUCGUUCUGACAGUGUCAACAGUACAGCUUCAGCAGAUCAGAAGAAAGCCAAAUCUACAGUUUAUGUGAUGUCAGAGAAGGAACUUGUAGAGGUAGCUACAGAAAUCAUGAAACAGGCAGGGAGAGGAGACAUUCUUCAUAGAAUUGAGGAAAGAGAACUGUCAAUAAACACUUAUUCAGAAAAGAAAGACAAUAAUGAAACAAACAUUAUAAUACAUAAAACAGAAUCCAACUCAACAGCCAUGGUUGAAGUAGCUGAAGAAAAUGGAGUGGAUCCUUCAUGUAUAAGUGCCUCCAGUAAAAAGAGAAGAAUAUUUUCAAAAAAGAAAACUACUUCUUCCACUGGUAAUAGAACCGAGGACAUAUUAGAUUUAGAUUUUAUGGACUCAGAAGAUAUCAAAGACACACUAAAUGUGGAAAAUUCAGGUUGUGAAUCUGGUAAGAGAGGCAAAAUUGUCUCUGAACAUUUAAAAAUUAUGGAAAUUAAUCCGUGUCGACAGGCAAAACAAAAUUACUCUAGCAAUUUAUUUGACACCUUUCCUGUUUGUGAAGAGGAAAGGGAUAUUGAGAUGAAAUCAAAGAAAAAUUUUACUGACGAAACUUGCAUUUUAAGUGAAGAAAAAAAUCCAGACUCAGUUAAAUCUUCAAAUAGUUACCUAUUUACAAAACUAACAAAAAGGUUACAUGACCAAGUUGAAAGUAAAUGUGUUCAUAUAAAUGAAUCUUGUUCUAGCAGAGAUGAAACCUCUUUAAAUAUCGACCCUACAGAAUUGUUUCAAAACUUACCAGAAGAGGAUUCAGAAAGACAGAGUGUAACAUUUAAACCAAGGAAGAAACUGAAGACUGUACAAAAAUGUCAUGAUCACCAGUUAAAUGAUAAUCAUAACAAUAAUAAUGUCAAGUCCUCUCUUGCCAGCACUAAACCAAAGAAACCUGACUUGUCCUUCUUAGAUGACAUAUUUGGAUGAAUUACUUGCAUUAAGUAUUUGUUGAUGUAAAUUAUAUAAAGGUUGUUUAAUAGAUGACAUAACAAUGUUAAGACUACUAGAUUAUUUGCAUAACUUUUACAUAUUCUCAGAUUACAUAUUGAUUAUUGUUGUUAUGACAAGAAACAGAUGUAUUUUAAAAAUUAGUUCUACAGAAAUUAAGCAAUUUAGGAUUAACCAUAAUAAUUCACUACAUACAUGACAUAUGGCAUAUACAGAUUUUAUGAAUGGAGGUUCUUUUUUCUUUUUAAGGUCACUUGGCUCCCUAAAAAUUUGGUUAGCUAUUGGCAUCUCUUUGUAUUUCCUGUCUAUCAUCCAUUUGACAACAUAUAUAUAUUAAAAAUUUUCUUCUUAGAAAUUACUUGCUAAUUUUUAGAAAAAUUUACCAAAAUCAUCCUGAGGUUGUACAGUUUCAAAAUUGCAUCAUAAUAUUCUCACCUGCCAAUCAACUUGGCUACCAUUUAUUUAAAUGAAACAUAUGGGGAGGACAGGGAAGUUACAGACCAAUUUCAUUUUUUUCCCUAAUUAGUUUAAGGGCAUACGAUACAGUUACAUGGGAGGUAAUGACAUUGCUAACAUAAAAUGUUGUUUUUUGACAUACGAAACUGUGACAUGUCAAGAAAAAAUGCAUUUUUCGAAUAAUUUUGAUUAUAAGCUUGAAAACAAGUACAUUGACUCCUCAUUUUUAAAAUGACAUUUGGUUUGGUUCUGCAUUAUUUGUACCAACUUUUAUGAAAAAAUCACAGAUGAAAUUUUUUAAAUUAGAUAAAUACACAGCAAAAAAUACUGUUUUUUUUUUUUCUAAAAUCAUAAAUCUUUGAUAAAAAUUAAUAAAUCCAUUGAAUUUUACACAAAUUUAGAGCAUACGCAUGUAAAAUGUUUUUACAAAAACCCGCUUGUGUUUAUCUUUGAAAACAAAAAAGUUAGGUAUGUCUAUUAAAAGGAUAGAAAUGUCCAAGAAACCAAAAUUUUGAGUAAAUGCCCAAAAUUCCCACCCCAUUUGUCUCUAAAAUUAGCACAUGAAGGUAUGUUUUUCUUACAUAUUUGAAUUUACUAGGUGAAAAAUAGCUUGUAUGCAAAUUUUUGUAAAUAAAUCAUUGCGGGAUCAAAACUGUAUUGUAUGCCUUUGUGUCCCUUAAUAUUGUCUUGAACUUAAUGAAAUAUUAAACACUGGACUGUAAGCAAACAACACAAUCAAUCAAUCCAUGGCAUAUUUUGAUUUUUCCUAUCCAUGUGUUACUCUGUUUCCCAAAAAAGUUGUCAACAAAAAAUCUAAGACAUUUAAAAUGGGGAAUGAAUCUAAACUUGAUGCCAUUAUCUCAUAGAAGUUGUGUUCCUCCUAUUUAGUUCAGAAUCAGUUUACUUUUUUUUGGCAAAUCACAAUCUUUGCCAUUUCUACA